AUGUCAAUGCAAUCUUUCCUUUUCUUUCAGUUUUUGAACAGCAACACUUUUUGUCUUUCUCUCAAGAUCCAGAAAAUGUGUCGCGAGCACGGUUGCUCCUUCCAAAGCAUUCCGACAAUCAGCAAGCCAUUCAAAUUCUACCUUGGACGUCAGUGCAAGCUCCGACCACAUAGUAAUCAGAGGACAAUCACCAGAGAUCAGCAGCUAGUAGCUCCAAACAAGUUCCAAACAGAGGCUUAG